AUGCCCCAAAACUUCACCCUCCCGUCAACUUUAAAGCCCUACAACGGAAUAGGAGACCCAAACGUCCACGUCACCAAAUUCCAAGCCAUGAUGUUCAUGAACAAGGACUCUGACCAAAUCUUAUGCCGCACAUUCCCAACCUUCCUAGACGGAGCCGCCCUUAUUUGGUUUUCCAACCUUCCUGAAGGCUCCAUCUCUAACUUUGACGAGCUAGCAGAUCAGUUCGUCAACCACUUCGCCGCAUCCAAGAUAUACGUUCACAACUCGGACUACCUAAGCACCAUUAAGCAAGGACCAAAUGAGAGCCUGAAAGAUUACAUGACCAGAUUUGCCGAAGCGACCAAUGAAAUACCCAACUUAAAUCCCGAGGUCCACCUCCACGCCCUCAAGAGCGGACUCCGGCCAGGAAAAUUCCAAGAAUCCAUAGUCAUCGCAAAACCAAAAACCCUAGCCGAGUUCCGCGAGAAAGCAACUACCUAG